AUGUCACCUCCAUCUGUUCCUGAGGUUCCUGUUCCUACAAUAACAACUCCAAUAAGAGGAAAUGGAACAGUAAUUGAUCCAACUCAUCCUUAUUUCCUUCAUGCAUGUGAUGCACCAGGAAUGAGCAGAUCCAUCCUCAUCACUCUUUCUGCCAAAAACAAGUUGGGCUUCAUUGAUGGAUCUUGUCCUACCCCAGCUCCUAAUUCUCCAGAUUUGAAAACCUGGAAUAGAUGUAACGAUAUGGUUACAUCUUGGCUAUUGAACUCACUCACAAAGAACAUUGUUAACAGUGUUUUGUACUCCAAAACAUCAAAGGAUCUUUGGACUGAUCUAGAACACAGAUUUGGACAACCAGAUAGUGCUAAGUUGUAUCACCUGCAAAAGGAAUUAGUUGAUUCAGUGCAGGGUUCAGAUGACAUUGCAGGAUAUUUUACUAAGUUGAAGUGUUUAUGGGAUGAGCUUGACACACUAAACACUAAUGUUCACUGCUCUUGCAACUGCAACUGUGGAGGAAAACAGAAAAUGAUUCAAUUCAAGGAUGAUGAAAGACUCAUUCAAUUCUUUAUGGGAUUGAAUGAGACUUACACACAAGCAAGGAGUAACAUACUCAUGAUCAACCCUUUGCCAACAGUCAAUCAUGCUUAUUCCCUGCUAAUGCAGCAUGAGAAUCAGAGAGAGGUGCAUUCACCUUCUCAAUUCCCUGGAGAUGGAUCUCUUUUCAUGGCAGGAAAACAAGCAACAUUUACUCAAUCCAACUCCCAGCCAAAAGUUGAUAACAACAAAGGAAAUCCAAACUACAAAGGAAAGAAGAACAAUCAGAUGUGUUCCUAUUGUAAGAUGACCAACCAUACCAUUCAGAAUUGUUAUAGGCUUGUAGGUUUCCCCUCUGAUUUCAAAUUCGCCAAAUCCAAGAAGUUUCAGGGGCUUAUAAGAAGCAAUGCUGCUAAUACAACUGAUGAAUCAGAAACAAUACAGAAUAAUUCCAUUGAAGGACCACAAUUUGCUCAAAAACUAUCCUCAAAUUAG